GUGUAUAUAUAAAGUUACCUUUCUUAACCCAAUUGCUACUACAUACUCAAUUUCUCAUCUGGUUCACUAUUCCUUACAAUAAUGGACCAAAAGAAGCCACCAAUUAGAAACAGUGUUUCUAUGUAUCUUGUGUUAUUAUUAUUAGGGUUUGUGAUUGGUGGAGUGAAAGUAGUUGAAGGUCGAGCUUUCUUUGUAUUUGGAGAUUCAUUGGUUGACAAUGGAAACAAUAACUACCUUGCAACGACUGCAAGAGCUGAUUCAUACCCUUAUGGCAUUGAUUUUCCAUCUCACACACCCACUGGCCGCUUCUCCAAUGGCCUUAACAUCCCUGACCUUAUCAGUGAGAAACUUGGGUCAGAACCGACAUUGCCAUAUUUGAGUCCAGCGCUUGACGGAGAAAGACUACUCGUUGGUGCCAACUUUGCUUCAGCUGGAAUCGGCAUUCUCAAUGACACUGGAAUUCAGUUUAUAAACAUAAUAAGAAUAAUGAGGCAAUUGCAGUACUUUGAGCAGUAUCAGGAGAGAGUAAGUGGAUUAAUCGGAGAAGAAGGAGCAAGAAGACUGGUGAACGAAGCAUUGGUUCUGAUAACGUUGGGUGGCAAUGAUUUUGUCAACAACUAUUUCUUGUUACCCUUCUCUGCAAGAUCCAGACAAUUUGCCAUACCGGAUUAUGUUGUAUACCUCAUCUCUGAGUAUCGCAAAAUUCUUGUGAGGCUAUAUGAAUUGGGAGCAAGAAGGAUUAUGGUAACUGGUACAGGACCAUUAGGUUGUGUUCCAGCAGAGUUAUCUCAACAUAGCAGAAAUGGAGAAUGUUAUGCACCGCUUCAAGAAGCUGCUGAUUUGUUCAACCCUCAACUCUUUCAACUCAUUAAUCAACUCAACUCUGAAAUUGGUUCUGAUGUUUAUAUUUCUGCAAAUGCCUUUGCCAUGAAUAUGGAUUUUAUUGGUAAUCCACAACAAUUUGGAUUUAUAACAUCAAAAGUAGCAUGCUGUGGUCAAGGACCGUACAAUGGGAUUGGACUAUGCACACCAAUAUCAAACUUGUGUCCAAACAGGGAUUUGUAUGCAUUCUGGGACCCCUUCCAUCCCAGCGAGAGAGCCAACAGAAUCAUUGUUGACAGGUUCAUGAUCGGUGACUCCACAUACAUGCAUCCCAUGAAUCUCAGCACCGUUAUGCUCUUGGAUUCAUCAUCCACCUAGCUACCUACUUAUAAUAAUAUUAUUAUGUUAUUAAUUGCGUAUCAUUUGUCUAUUAGUUAGUAUUAUAAGAAAUUUAUUGG